AUGGCAUUUGAUGCUAACGGUUUAUACGCUUCCGCCAUGUCGGAUUUAGAAAGUGAAUAUCCGAGAGCGGAAAGUGGAAGAUCGUUUCUACCAGAAGAAGAAAACAAAUUUGUAAAACUCUUCAAUAAACAAAAAUUCAGACCUAGAACAGCUAUUUUAACAGUGUGGUUUGAGUAUCCCAAAAACAUGUUCUUCCAACGAGAAGGUAAUAUCGUGGGUAGUAAUUGCAUGAAAUUAUUAGGUAAUUCCUUGUAUGGUAAAUCAAUUCAGAAAGAUAUAUUCACAACUAGACAUUUAUGGAAUGAAGCAACUUUACAGGCCAACUUUGAUUCACGCGUUAAAACCUAUGAGAAAAUUAAUGAUACUCAAUAUAUUGUUGAAACAGAAAUUGAAGAAAAAGAGAUUACUACCGAAGAUAGUAAAUCUACACGACUAACACCUAGUCAUUUGGGAUCAUUCGUUUUAUCUCAUAGUAAAAAAAAUAAUGAACAAUUUCAUUCACGCCAUAAAUGGAUUUUAUAA